CGCGUUCACAUUUUAAUAUCAAAGUGAUCUACGAAAAAAAAAACUUGAAUGAAUUUUUUUCUGUAUUACAGAAUUUGUAAAUAAAAAUCUUUAAAAAAAAUGAGACAAAUUGACGGAAACGACGGAAUGAACGGAUACGUUAACCAAGCAAUGGAAGUCGAUCAAUCCGACGCGAGUGCAAGACCAAGUCAUUUAAAGCCCGUAAAGCAACAAGAGGAAUUCAAUAACGAACAGGAUUAUUGCCGCCCGCAUACAAGUGUUCUUUCCAACAUCUCAACAAAACUGAAACAAACCUCGCCAAUUGAAUGUCUCAUGAACAUGUUUCCCGUCGUAAGAUGGCUCCCGAAAUAUUCUGUCAGAAACGAUCUUCCCGGCGAUAUUAUCAGCGGCAUGACUCUUGCUGUGAUGCACAUACCUCAAGGCAUUGGAUACGCCUUACUUGCUCACGUGCCUCCAAUAAUCGGAAUCUACAUGGCAUUCUUUCCUGUAAUGAUCUACUUCAUUUUCGGUACUUCUCGUCACAAUUCCAUGGGAACAUUUGCAGUUGUCUCUCUGAUGGUUGGAAAAUCCGUAUUAAGACUUUCCAAUUUGGAAGAAAUUACGAUAAAAGGAAAUUCAACACAAAAUGCAUUCGCUGAAGCACUCGUGGCAAAUCCGGGAUAUGAUCCUGUUCAAAUUGCAACAGCUUUGUGUCUUGUAGUUGGAGUUUUUCAAAUGUUGAUGUACUUUUUGCAAUUGGGAUUAGCUUCGUCUUUGUUGUCAGAGACUUUAGUUUCAGGAUUUACGACGGGAGCUUCGAUUCAUGUCUUGACAUCGCAGAUUAAAGAUUUGCUUGGGAUCAAAUUGACACCUGUAACGGGAUAUUUUGAGGUUAUUCUCACACACAAACAGAUUUUGGAGAAAUUUCUUACUUUUAACAAUGUCGCUGUGAUGAUCAGUAUCGUUUCUGUGAUCAUUUUGAUCUUGAACAAUGAAGUACUGAAACCAAUUUUAGCUAAAAAGACGACAAUUCCGAUGCCUAUUGAACUAAUUGUUGUUAUCGUUGGUACACUUCUUUCAAGUCUUCUUCAUUUUCAAGAAGAUUACGCUGUGAAAACCAUUGGAGACAUUCCCACAGGAUUUCCUGAGCCAAAAUCUCCGUCAGUAUCAUUAGCAAGAGAGCUCGUUAUCGAUGGAUUCGUCAUUGCGAUCGUUUCUUAUGCAACUUCAGUGUCGAUGGGAUUGAUUCUUGCUCAAAAAUCAAACUAUGAGAUAAAUUUCAACCAAGAAUUGUUGGCUAUGGGAGCAAGUAACGUUUUUGGAAGCUUCUUUGGAUGUAUGCCAGUUGCAGCUUCUUUAUCGAGAAGUUAUAUUCAACACACGACAGGAGGAAAAACUCAAGUAGCUUCGUUAGUCUCAUGCGGAAUCCUUGCUGUCGUACUUUUAUGGGUUGCGCCCAUCUUUGAACCUCUUCCAAGAGCUUGUAUUGCGAGUAUUAUCAUCGUUGCCUUAAAAGGACUCCUUUGGCAAGUCAAACAAUUCUUUAGUUUUUGGAAAUUGAGUAAAUUGGAUGCACUUUUAUGGCUCGGAACAUUCUUAACUGUCGUGAUAGUUUCCAUCGACAUCGGUCUCUUAGUUGGCGUUUUGCUCAGUAUUUCGUGCAUCUUUUUCAAAGGCAUGCGUCCCUACUCCUGCAUUCUUGGCAAAAUUCCAAAUACUGAACUCUAUUUGGAUGUUGCCCGUUACCCAACUGCUGUCGAAGUUGAUGGCGUGAAAAUCUUCCAUUUUUGCGGAUGCCUGAACUUCUGUUCUCGAGCAAUUUUCAAGGCUGAACUUCAGGAAAUGGUUAAAACUUCGCCGAAAGACAAAAAGUCAUCAGAUGUUCCAAAAGAAGCACUUUUGCAGUAUUUGAUAUUGGAUUUCUCAGCAUUGAGUUAUAUCGACUCAUCUGGAGUCACUUUUCUGAAGACUUUGAUAAAAGAAUAUCAGAAACAAGCGAUUGCUGUUUUUAUCGCUGGAUCAUCAUGUCCUGUUUACGAAAUGAUGAUGAAAUGCGGGAUAUCGGAAGUUAAAUCCGAUAAAUUUAAACUUUUUCCGUCAAUUCAUGACGCUGUUACUUAUGCUCUUGAUCAAAUGGUGCCAAUUGUGAAAACGAGUGAUAGUUCGUGUCACUUUUAGUCUCAUGAAAUUUAGUUUAAGGUAGUUUUUAGUAUUUAUAUGAUAGGAAAUA